AUGGCUGCGGCGACAUCAACAGAGAAAUUAUUAGCUUUCUGCUUGGCAAGCACAUGUGCCAUCUUUUGGCUUGAAACAUUCCAAUUUGCUACUCGAAGUGCCACAUCUAGCAGCAUCGAAAUCCAACUGAGACUUCAAAAGAUAACCACAGGGAAUCCGAAACAUAUUUCCACACAGGGCACUGCAAAUAUGGGGAGAAAACACUUGGCCCCCUGGAUUUCCAUCGAUAAUGCCACAACAGAAUUCUGUGUGUCAUGGAAUGAAGACUGGGAUGCUGAUGAUUGGUGGACUCAUCAUCCUGGAUGGUGGCCGAACUAUACCAAAGAAAAUGAUACCCACUAUUGCUUUGAACGCCUUCCUCCCAAGAAAGCAAAAUUGUUUCAAGAAAUCUACAAUAUACAGUUUGAGAAUAAGCAUAACUGCUCCUCCACCUUCUCUAAGACCAUGUGGAAUUCCGGAUGGGGAGCUGAUCUUUCCAAUGUUGUAGAUGGAAUCAAGGCAGCUCAUCAAACCGGAAAAUCCUUGACGAUUGCAACAAGUUCCUUUGGCUGGCAUUAUGCUGCAAAGAAAGAUGGUUCCAAACCAGUAUGCUCUCAGAGAAACAUGCAGUGCUACUUUUUGAAUCUGACGAAUUGUAGGUCUACCGAGCGACCUUCGAUUGGGCGACAGUACUUUUUGGCGGGGCAAUGGCAGGGAUUUCAACAGGCAUGGAGCUACCUGGAGUAUGUUGUGAGACCACAAAAAUGGCUCCGACGGGAGGUCUAUGAAUACUCCAAGCCCUACGAAGCACAGCUUUCGGCUCCUUGUACGGUUCUUCAUGUACGUCGGGGAGAUGUUGUUCUACUGGACCCUACACCUAGACGAUAUCAUGCAAUAGAAGAGUACUUGGACAAGGCCCACAACGUUACAAAGAAUAUUCUACUACUCACGGACGAUGCCAAUGCCAUUGGAGAAGCACUCAAUCUGUUUCCAGACUACAACUGGGUCUAUUUGAACCGGACCCGCUACAGAGGUACCGAGGGAGGCUGGGAAAAUCACAUACCAUCCGAUAGCCCCAAACUAGAAGUCAUUUCCCUUCUUUCUGAGCUUCGGCUAGCAAGGAAAUGCAGCACCUUCAUCCACAGCAAGUCCAAUCUUGCAGACUACAUCUUUUCUGAAAUGAAAGCAGUCCAGACAAAGGUAAAAAAGAUAAACCUAGAUGUGGGGAAGGGAAACAAGGUUUUCAAUGCCGACAACGUCAAGUCCGUUGCAAUAUCCAAGGUCUACUAG